UUAAUUGUACCAGUUCCCGAGUGAGUGAUUUUGGAAUAGGAACACGUUGGUUGUUUCUUCUCCACAGGAGAAUGGAGUCUGCCUUAGCGACAUCGAGUUUCAUGGGUACCCAAGUGAUGAUUCCCGCCACUCUGUUUUGCAGACGAGCUCGAGGAGCGUCUCUCACCGUCACGGCAAGUAGCACUACUAAGAUUUACACGAGACUCGACUCUUGUCUCGUGAUUCCUCCUCCCCCCAUUUUCAAGAAACCGCGUGCCAUCAUCAAGUUCUUGGGAGGCGCCUUCGUCGGAGCUGUCCCUGAACUCACCUACAGUUACCUAAAGGAGCUACUGGCUAAAGAAGGGUAUUUGAUUGUAUCUGUGCCGUACAACGUCACUUUUGAUCACGAACGAGCUGCCAAGCAGGUUUACCAGAGGUUCAACUCCUGCUUGGACACCAUUGUCUUAUCUGGAGUUCCAAAUGCCGAUUUUAACCCUCGAGAUCUAGCCAACCUUCCUGUUUUCUCUGUUGGUCACAGUAAUGGUGCGCUGCUCCAAGUUUUGACCGGAAGUUAUUUUUCGGACAAGAUACCAAAGGUUAAUGCCAUCAUUUCAUUCAACAACAAAUCAGCCACAGAGGCAGUUCCAUAUUUUGAGCAGCUUGGUCCUCUCAUCCAGCAGAUGAUGCCAGUCGUGGAAGCUUCUCCGUUAUAUGAAAUAGCUCGAAAUGCUUCAGGUGAUGUGUUGAAAGUACUACUGGAUGCCGCUGGGACAACGAUUCUGAACAAUGAUCAAGAAGCUCUUAAGUCGUUUACUAAUUUGGUGGAUCAGUUGCCCUCAGUAUUUGGUGAGGUUGGACAAGGGGUGUCGGAAUUCAGACCAUCACCACUUGAGAAUCGUACUUGCUUCAAAUGCUCCUACAGCGUUCCACACACUUUACUGGUACAAUUCAACUCUGAUGCAAUCGACGAGACUGAUUUACUGGAAGAAACCCUAAGGCCUCGGAUAGAAUCUUUUGGUGGUUCACUUGAAAAGGUUCGGCUGGACGGAAACCAUCUCACACCUUGCGUACAGGACCCGAAGUGGCAAAUUGGGUUUGUCUACACGCCAGCAGACGCUGUGGCUCAGGCGCUGAAGACAAUACCUCUGAGGGACACCCGUGUUCUUUCAAGGACAAUCGUCGAUUGGUUUACAAGGUUUGAGAAUUGAGCCAGGUUCGUGGUGUAUUGUUAAAGAAAUGGUCAAAUAUGUAUGUAUAUACAUGGUUCAUGGUAUUUGAAAUAAAAUAUUUAUGUGUAUA